CACCUCAAGACAUCACUGCCGGCCCUGCAGCUCAAAAGAUGAGCAACACUCACCAACAUACAAAGCAGCAGCCACCUGCAGCUACAGUGAUCGACCCCCUCUAUAUCUACGCACACAUCUCCCUGAUCUCGUCUUCAGUUCAGCCUCGCAACUGCCACCGGAUCUUUCAGCACUGACUGCCGUCGUUGCUGCAUCAAAUCUGUCUUGGCAGGUGUAGCUACCAGCUAGCUAUAGGUGGCUCGCUGGAGAGAUGAGGGCCGGGGGGUGCACGGUGCAGCAGUCGCUGACGGCGGAGGCCGCGGCGGUGGUGAAGCAGGCGGUGAGCCUUGCGCGGCGGCGCGGGAACGCGCAGGUGACGCCGCUACACGUGGCGAGCGCGAUGCUAGCGGCGCCCACGGGGUUGCUGCGCGCGGCGUGCCUCCGCUCGCACUCCCACCCGCUGCAGUGCAAGGCGCUGGAGCUGUGCUUCAACGUGGCGCUGAACCGCCUCCCCGCGUCGGCCGCGGUCGCCUCGUCGCCGCUGCUCGGCGGGCACGGCCACCACCACCACCACCACUACUACCCGCCGUCCCUGUCCAACGCGCUCGUGGCGGCGUUCAAGCGCGCGCAGGCGCACCAGCGGCGCGGGUCCGUGGAGAGCCAGCAGCAGCCGGUGCUCGCCGUCAAGAUCGAGCUGGAGCAGCUCGUGGUGUCCAUCCUCGACGACCCCAGCGUCAGCCGCGUGAUGCGCGAGGCUGGCUUCUCCAGCACCCAGGUGAAGGCCAACGUGGAGCAGGCCGUGUGCAGCAGCACCACCACAACAAGCACCGCGGCCGCGGCCACCGCUCCCAGCAAAAACCCUAAUCCUAGCAGCUCUGCUGCCACCGCAAGCCCACCUCAGGAAGCCGCCAAAGGCAACAAGCUGCCGCUCCACCAAGCGCGCGACGAGGACGUCGCCGCCGUCCUGGACUGCCUGGCCUCGCGGAGCAAGAGGAGGGUGGUCGUCAUCGCGGAGAGCGCGGCGGCGGCCGAGGCCACGGCGCAUGCGGCCAUGGACAAGAUCAAGAGCGCCGAGGCGAAGCACGACGCGCUGCGAGGCGCGCAGGUCGUCAGCGUCCGCGUGUCGUCGUUCCGCGAGAUGGCGAGGGAGGAGACCGAGCGGCGGCUUGGCGAGCUGCGGUGCCUCGUCAGGGGCAGGAGGGGGCAGGUCGUCGUGCUCGUCGUGGAGGACCUCAAGUGGGCGGCCGAGUUCUGGGCGGGUCACGUCGUCCAGAGCGGGAGGAGAGGGUACUACUACUGCUCCGUCGAGCACGUCGUCACCGAGCUGCGCGCCCUGGCGAGCGGCGGCGGCGGCAGCCUGUGCUGGCUCCUCGGGUUCGGGACGUACCAGGCCUACACGAGGUGUCGGGUGGGGCAGCCGUCGCUGGAGAGCCUGUGGGAGCUCCAGACGCUCACCGUGCCCGCCGGCAGCCUCGCGCUGAGCCUCAACUGCGCCUUCGACGACAGUGCUCUAGGUCUAGGCACGGUCAAUCAGUCCAUGAAAGCGGGCUCAUCUGACACGGAUGGGAACGGACCAGCGUCUUGCUGGCCGCUUUUGGCCGGCAGCAAGCUGAUCUCCAGAUGCUGCGGCGGCGACUGCUCCGCCGCGAGGAUCGAGACGACGAAGGCGGCGCUGCCUCGGACGCCGUUCGUCUCGUCGUCCAGCCUCCCUUCCUGGCUCCAGCAUUGCCGUGAUCAUCAGGAGCCCGCUACCCAUCUUACGGAUGAUCUCGGCAAGACAUGGAGCUCCAUCUGCAGCAGCAGCAGGCCGUCACAGCGAACGACGACGCUGCAUUUCUCGGCGCCGGUGUCUCCGGCCUCCUCCAUCUCUUCCUACGAGCACGGCGGCGGCCAGUCGCAGCAGCCUCGCCACUCGUGGCUCCUCGCCGGCCUCGACGCCGCGCACCACCCGUGGAGACCCAAGCGCGAGGCCAGCAUCAGGUCCCACGACUCCGGCGCCUCCAACGGCUCCGUGGAGGUGGAGUGCCGCGCCAGGUUCAAGGAGCUCAACGCCGAGAACCUCAAGCUGCUCUGCGGCGCGCUGGAGAAGGAGGUGCCGUGGCAGAAGGAGAUCGUCCCCGAGGUCGCGAGCGCCGUCCUGCAGUGCCGGUCGGGGAUCGCCAAGAGGCGCGACAAGUCCAGGUCGGCGGACGCCAAGGAGGAGACGUGGAUGCUCUUCCUCGGAGGCGACGCCGACGGCAAGGAGAGGGUUGCGAGGGAGCUCGCCAGGCUCGUGUUCGGGUUACGCAGCAGCUUUUUGUCCAUCAGGCCUGGCGGUGUCGUCUCCGCCUCGUCGCCACCGCCGGCCUCGUCAGGCUCCUCCGAGGGGCACAGGAGUAGUAAGCGCCCACGGAUGCCGGAGGAGGAGCCGGCGGCCUACUACCUAGAGCGGUUGCACGAGGCUGUCUCCGAAAACCCACACCGGGUCAUAUUCAUGGAGGACGUCGAGCGGGCUGACCGGGACUGCCAGCUCCGCAUCAAGGAGGCGAUCGAGAGCGGGGUGGUGCGGAACCAUGCUGGUCAAGAGGUCGGCGUGGGCGACGCCAUCGUCAUCCUCAGCUGCGAGAGCUUUGGCGACAGCAGGUCUAGUAGAGCUUGCUCGCCGCCGAGCAAGAAGGUGAAGGUAGAGAUGGAGGAGGCCAAGGAGGAGCGCGCAGGUGACCAUGAACACAACCAAGAUGGUGUUUCCAAGCCGUCUCCAUCUUGCAUAGAUUUGAACGUGGACAUGGAGAGUGAUCAGGCGGACGAGCCAAGUCUCGGUGAUCAGUGUCUGCUCACGGCCGUCGACAGGGCCCUAUUCUUCAGAAGACAGGACAACUAGUGACUGACAGUGUACAUUGGAGUUGAAGGCUCCGUGGUCGUUCCAACGUGCUCAGUUCUGAUAAGAACCUAGAUUAGUUGCAUGGGCAAUAGGGCAUCCAGUCUAAUUGGCAUUUUCUUUAGUUCAUGUUUUUUAGGUUUAUCUUUUUUUUUGCUGUCUUCGUUUUAGAGAAUUGGAUCGCUGGUGUAUUUGGGCUUC